UCUCAGAAGAAGACAAUGUCCUUCUGCAGGAUAACAGGUAAAAGUCGGGGUCUCCCUAGACCAAAUUACUUUCCGCUUUUACCACCUAUAAGUCCAGCAGACGCGAAACGAUUCUGCCGCAUCACUGGCAAAUCCUACGGCUUGCCGACUCAUCAUUACAUUCCGGUGCUAUUGGGCGCGUAUCCUCACGACAAGUCAAAAUGUAAAAUCACGAACGCGUCAGGUCUCGGCCCGCAUCAUUACACUGCCGGUUUGAUUGUUGGCGAAAAGAAGAAGCAUGUGAUGCUCAAGGACUAUCGCUACGUCUUCCCAAUUUUGGAGGGAGAGAGUGAGCAACAACGUGCACUGAGAGAGCUUCUAAAAAUGAAGCAAACCCCGAUUGAAGAAGCAGAGAAGUUCGUGUACACGGUAGAGGAGCGAAGAUGCAGCCUUGUGUUUCCGGCGAAGUUGGAAGCUGCCGUUAGGGACGGAGACGUCAAAGAUGUAAUGCUCUCGAGAGAUUGUGAUACUGUUUUGUUAAGACUGAAGCAAGGAAAAAACGUGUCUGUGGAUUUUAAAAACUUAGAGGAUUUCGAAAAUCUUUAUGACGGCAUGGGACCACGAGAAGAGGUGCUGAAGGAACGAGAAAAGUUGGAAAUGGAAGCUAGAAAACGAAAAAGGAAGAAACAGACUGUACUGAAUUAUGCAAAGAAAUUCUUUGAGGAGAAGGAGAGAGCAGCUGACGAGGAAGAACUCCAACGUACCAAGCAGCUUAAAUUGCGAAGCAUCAAAGAAGAGAUUAAGGAAGAAAUGGCAGAAAACUGGAAGCACGUGAAUAUAGAACAAGCGAGACUGACGUCUUUUGAUGUCGUGAAUGUAUCGAGUGCCUUCAAAGAUGCAACGGAAUCCGUUUCCAACAUAUUAGACUGGAACUCUCUACAGAAUAACUCGAAGAAAUCAUCUGGUGUUCCGAUGAUCGAAAAAAUACCAAUACCCAUAAUGGCUAAGCCAGAAAUUAUAGAUCAAGAACCAAUCUUAUACACCAGUCCUAUACCUGAGUUUGUAGGUGGUUUGGAAGCCAUAGCAAUCGUAAAACCGCUGACACCUUUAAUCGCAAAACCGGACAUUACGUUGCAAAGUGCAAUUCAAAAUAUUCCACAGGAUGAUCUUGAAGGGAGCGCGAAUGUAACGGAAAAGCUUUUACAGGCUGGAGAACAAGCGUUAGAAUGUCUGCCUAAGAUAGAAGAAAUACCCGAACUAGUGCAAAAUCUGCCCACUGGCAAAAAGCUCACGAUGCAUAAUGUUAAGGGUCUCAAACUGGAUAUCAAAUCGGCGGAAAGAUUUGUCUCUGGUCAAACGGUGCAUACACCUUCCGGCACUAUUUUCGUGCCUGGUCAAACCUUGCAGACGCCUCAAGGUCCCACCUUUAUUCCUGGAUUAACUCUUAAUACGCCUGAUGGUCCUCUUUUGGUUCCUGGACAGAUCGUGACUGUGAAUGAGUCAGAGGGAGCGAGGACGUCAGUGUUUGUCGCAGGGCAGAGCUUAACGACAGAACAAGGCGAGCGUUUCGUGCAAGGCCAGACAUUCCACACAAGCGAGGGAAGUAAGUUUGUUGAAGGUCAGACCGUUCUGACGGAGGAGGGUCCAAAAUUUGUAGCUGGUCAAAUAGUAGCAAAUGAUACUUUCGUCGCUGGUCAAACCGUGAUUACUUCGGAUGGCGUACGUUUUAUGGCAGGCCAAACCGUUACGGAUUAUGGUGGCGAGUCAGUUUUUGUGCCAGGACAAAAUGUGCAGAUUAAUGGAAGAUACGAAUUUGUUCCUGGCCAAUGCGUCGAAUCACCGAACAACGAAUCCAAGUUUAUUCCUGGACAGACAUUGUUAACAGCCGAAGGUCCUAAAUUUGUUCCAGGUCAAUACGUGACUACGAAAUCGGGCGAGAAACAUUUUGUCCCUGGUGUUGCCAGAGAAACGAAAGAUAUUUUAACAUUCGUAUCGGGGAUGACGCUGGAUACUCCGAAAGGCCAGAAAUUUGUUGAGGGGCAGGUGUUAAAGACUCCAGAAGGUGUGGUGUUUUGUCCAGGACGAACUAUUAUCACCGAGAAAGGCUUCGAAUUUAUCGCAGCGAGCAAGUUUGAUGAAGUAAUUUUCCAAGACGCCGGUCCUGUCGGUAUACCUAUGGAUUCAAAGACUGCGAGUGCAGUAUCAACUUUCCAGCAGCGUGAGGUUUUUGGUCACAUGGUACAGACAGAGAAAGGUAUCGAGUUCUUCCCGGAGAACGCGAGAAAUCUGCCGGAAGGCAGAAAAAUUGUGCCCGGGCAAUUGGUCACCGGUGACAAGGAUGGACCACGUUUUGUACCGGGUGUCAUGACAGAGGAUGGCUUCUUACCAGGUCAGAUAGUUACAACAGAAAAGGGCGAGGAGUUCGUGCCUGGUCAAGUAAUUGAUACUAGCAGUGGACCGAAAUUUGUACCUGGCCAGAUAGUGGAGACCCGAACCGGUCCCAAGUUUGUGCCCGGUCAAACGAUAGAUAUGCCGGAUGGACCACGUUUCGUUCCAGGUCAGAUCGUCGAUACCAAAGUAGGGCCGACGUUUAUUCCCGGUCAGGUAAUCUACACUGAGGAAGAGGGAUCUAGAUUUGUACCGGGACAAGUCGUGGACACGCCAGAUGGGCCCAGAUUUGUACCUGGUCGCGUGGUGGAAGCAGGCGAAAUGGGUGUGACUUUCGUACCGGGUCAAAUCGUGCAGACGGAAGAAGGGCCUUGUUUCGUCGCCCCGGAUCUCAUUGAUACGCCUGAGGGUGAGCUGGAGUUCUCUGUACAGGGGUUCGAGGUUACUCCUGAAGAGCUGCGACUGCUGCGGCCGCAGCAUCUGCACUACAAUCCACGUUUUCGCCAUCGUGGUGAGACCAGCAUAGAUGCUAAAAUGUUACACGAGCUAUCCGAGGCGGGAUUAUCUGUGGGGCGAAAAGUUGCGACGAAUUUACCGACGGUGGACGUGAAUGUGGAUCCGAAGGCGAUGGCUUUAGAGCAAGCCCUCGCCGUGAUAACAAAGUUAGGUCUGCAAGGUGGUACGGCUGUGAAAUUGGCGCAAGUCAUGUCGACAAUUGCGCAAUUAGCGAAAAAUAUUGUCCUGCAGCAGCAACAACAACAACAAAAUUCGGACACUGCAAAUGCAAUAACGUUAACAAAUGGUAAUCGAUCGCCCAUUAUUGAAACUGAAGAAAUAGAAGAAAGAAUAAACGAUGAGAAUAACGUCGAGUCACUGCAGAGUAUAAUAAGAGCAGCGAUUGCAGCAGCUGCCCUGAUUAUAUCGGAUGAUCAACAAAUAACAUUAAAUAAUUGCAACUCUCAAGAUUUCAUCUUUUCUUCCAUUGGUGAAUCGUUUAACAUGUUGUUGCGUCAAAACGAUCAAAAUAUCGAUCAAUCAGUGAAUGAAAUUCUAAAAAUUCUCUUAAUUUCGCAAAAUCGCAGUUAUCUUUGCCAAAGUGUACUAUCGGAAUUGUUAAACGUUAAAAAAAAUAAAGUGAAUAUUCUCAAAUCGACCGUGAAUUCAGGCCAACCGUUGCGGAGAGAUGCUGUACUCGACAAACUAUCGAUGGUUCUUGAAGAGGAACACAGUACGAAUUUAAUUGGACCGGCCUUUCGAACUAUCUCGAAGAACGAUCCGGAGCUAGUGUCACUUGUUUUGGAAAACGUGUCGCGACACGUGGCGGACGUGGCGACUGAGAAGGAAGCUGCGGAAACUGUUCAUAAGGCGAUCGUUCAGGCGGUCCGAGAAUCUAGCAAAAUUCGCGUAACGGAGCUAUUGAAUACCGAAGGGCCGGACGUUCGCGAGAUGCUGCUUCAAGCUGUAGGUUUAGCACGAGCUCUGGGGAUGUCUGAUACAGCGAACAGCUUGUUGUCGGUGAUCAACGACGAGAAAUCUACCCAGGCUCUGGCAAACGACCGGGUAACCAUGGACGUAUUGAAGAGGCUAGCAAUCAUGAGGAAACUCGCGGAGGAACGACCACCUUUUAUGAAUGCUCUUGGACAGCUAUGCAGCGAUCCGGAACUGGCUAAAACGGAUCCGCGAUUACGAACUCUUGUAAGAGAAAGUGCCGCACUGAUGAUAGUACCUGAAGAGACUCCGUUAGUAUCCUCAGCCGACGUUCCAACUGCGUUGUUACGCGCUGACAACAGCCUGGCAAUGGAAGAAUUCUUAUUGAAAAGAAGUCAUAAGCGGUCAGCUAUUUUUAUGAUUUUGAAACAGGGUAUGCAAGCAGUCGUACCUAGAGAAGCUUCCAGAUCGGUGUUAACCGGUGAAGUCGCCUAUACUGUUCUUGAUGAAGAUGGUAUACAUCAUUUCGAACCGUUGCACGUAUUUUCGGCGCUCAGGCUGAAUCGUCCAACCGCUCAUCGAUUCUCCAUGUAUUGUUGCCCUGUAGCAAAAGAGGUGGAUAUUGACGGUGGCGAGAUGAUGUCCACCACUUUCACCGGCACGACAUCGAUUGCAAGCAGCCUGAAUGGCUCUGCCAAUGAUAAUUCCAAUAAACAAGAAAAUAAUGGUACUGCAACUCUAUCAAAAUCUGAACAAUCAGCUGCUUUUUAUUCAGUCAGCAGACAGAACACGCCAAGUUUGAAGAAAUUGAACGAUGCUCGGCAAUGGAGCAGCUUCGAGCGGGGAUCUUCGGAAAAUUAUGUCAUUGUAAAGGACUAUAUAGCAGACACAGAUGGAUUCACCGUGAACGUUGGCGACAUCGUCGAGGCCGUCGAUCAUGACGAUUCGGCAAAGAAAGCGAGAAUUGAUCCCGAUCUGGAGAUCGAAGUUGGCGAUAUCUUGGACAAUUCGGCCGCCAAACACAAGCUUUCGAUUCGACCACGUCGAAAUCAUACAGAUCCGCGUGCUCGAAGCAGUCCGAGCGUCGAUUCAGAUUCAAGUCUUCAAAGGGUAUACGUUCGUACAUCCGACGGAAGGCAGGGAUGGUUACCUUCAUCUAUUUUAAUGCAAACAGCGCUUAGCGAAGAGACUUCAUCAAUGAGUCGGCCAGAAGAUUCUCAUUAUCGACGAGAAGCUGUCGUGAAAGAGUUAAUCGAAACUGAGGAAGAAUUCGGCAAGGAUAUUCAACUUGUCGUUGAACGUUAUUUGAAGCCUCUCGACAAUCCUAGCGUUCCACGAGCUAUACGAGACAAUAAAGAAAUUAUCUUCACUAAUUUGAAGCAAAUAGCUGAUUUUCAUAACACGGUGUUGAUCGAGGGUGUCAAGUACUAUGCGGAUCAACCACGUAUGCUUGGCAAAACUUUCUUAAGACUGGAGAGAGACUUUGACAAGCACGUAGCGUAUUGCAGAGACGAGCCCGCUGCUCAAGAAUUUCUUCAGACAAACGACGAAGUACGCGAAUAUUUCGAGGAGUUGAGUCAGACUCUGAGUGACGACAAGAGUAUAUCAGAACAUUUGAAGCUCCCGAUACAACGCAUAAACGACUACCAGCUCCUAUUAAAGGAACUGGUGAAGUAUUCGACCCGAUUAGGUGAAAACUGCGACGAUCUACAAAAGGCGCUAGAAUUGAUGCUAGGAAUUCCUCAUAGAGCAAUUGAUAAUAAAUUCAUAAGUAAUAUCGAAGGAUACAAAGGGAAUAUUCACAAACUUGGUAGAUUACUCACACAUGAAUGGUACACAGUUAUUGAUAAAGAAGGAAAGAGCAAAGAAAGAUACUUAUUCCUAUUCAAAGCACGAAUUCUCAUUUGUAAAGUCAGACGAAUAUCGGAGGAUAGAUCAGUUUUUAUCUUAAAGGAAAUUAUUCGAUUACCGGAAGUAGAAGUGAAGGAUCAUCCCGAUAAUAUACGAUCUUUUGAAUUACAUAAUCCAACUGUAUCCAAUUACCCCAUCACUUUAAUAGCUCAUAAAGACCCCGUGAAGGCUUACUGGCUCAAAGAAAUCCGUCAAUACGCCAGUGAUUUGGUCGCUCUCGCCGAACAUGCAGCGGAUGAUCUUCAAGUAACCGAAGAAGUACCAGAAGGCAAGGAAGAACUCAGGAGCGACGAAAAACCGGUAUUGGUGAAAAUCGAACCAUCUCAAGUGAAUCCAGGAUUGCUUAAAGCUCAGAGUAAUCCAACGAAGAUAGAAGGAAAUCCGGGUCCACCAAAAGUAGACGCGACUAAAGAAUCCACGGAAGUUGUGCAGAAGAGAAAGGAGUCCGUGAACACGACCGACACAUCGGAAAUAAAGAAGGCUAAGAUUGAAGAGCAAGCAGACAUGUCUCGAAGAUAUUCCGCUAGUCGAUACAGCGCCUCUUCAAAGGUCGUGGAAGAGUAUUCAUCGAUAUCAAGCAGUCGUAAUGGCGCGUCCUCGUACAUGGAAUCGGCGGCAUCCGCCAUGGAGACGAGAAUGUCCUCAUCGCAAGGAGUGGGUCAGAUAUCGGAAACCAUGACUUCCUACGAGACUGCGAUUGCUGGUGGUAGAACAACGGAUUCGAAUGUCGAAAGCAGAACUGCCAAAAUCACUCUUGACACUGAUGUUAAUAAACCGGUGUUUAUCAAGACAAUAGAAGGAUGCAAUGUAGAACCCGGAGAAGUUGCCACUUUUGAGUGCACGAUGUUAACUAGCGAUCCGACCGUAAGGAUACAAUGGUUGAAGGAUAACAAACCGAUGGAGGACAAGUUAGCUGAUCGCGUUACUACUACACUGACUGACAAUAUAUGCAAGCUUGAGAUUCAGAACGUUCACGAAUCAGAUUCCGGCAUAUACAUAGCACGUGCUCUGAAUGCAAACGGUGAAGCAACAUGUACUGCUCAAUUAGUGGUUCAACAAUUGAGUCCGGAAGAGAAAAAGGCAAGAGCAGAAGCAAACUCUCCUAUAUUCUUGGUACGCCUAAAGGAUACCGAACUCCUUGAGAAUACCUACCUACGUUUUAUGAUUAAAGUUAAAGGGGAUCCUAAUCCAGAAAUAAAAUUCUUCAAGGACAGUAUCUUGAUUAACGCGAAGCAUGAACGUGUGAAGAUUAUUCGAGACAACGCCGAAAAGGGUUUUUAUGAAUUAGUGAUUGCUGAUGUUCAGAAGCAGGAUGCUGGAAAGUAUUCAUGCACAGCUAUGAAUCGCUAUGGCGAAGCCACGUGCGAAGCGGUGGUGACAGUGACAGAUGAAAAGCCACUUUUUCAAGGGCUUCCCGAAGGUCUGCUUGAGCUUGGAACCGAGCCUCGAUUUAUUUGGACGCGUGAUGGACAGGCGUUUGAUCCUGAGGAGAGAUUUAAAGUUCUCUUUAAAGAUAACGAAGACACUCUGGCAUUGGUGUUCCAACAUGUGAAACCCGAGGACGCCGGUCUUUACACGUGCGUAGCGCAAACCAGUACAGGUAAUAUUAGCUGCAGUGCGGAGCUGACAGUGCAGGGUGCUGUGAAUCAAUUAUUGAAAGAUCCAGAAAAACCAAAACUUCAGACAGAUUCAAAGCAAUCCGAGGUGAGCGCUGGUGGUUCUGCAAUGUUGGAUCUGCAGGUAAAAGGAUAUCCCAAGCCGGACAUCAAAUGGACCAAGGAUGGUCAGGAGAUCAUAGCUGGUGGUAGAAUCAAGUAUCUUUGGGAAGAUGAGGAAUCCUUAUCAUUGGUGAUUAAACAAGUUACUGCUAAAGACGCCGGAGUUUAUACCAUCAAGGCAAAGAACGAUCUCGGAGAAGACAGUACACAGAUCGAACUGAUUGUGAAAUCUGCACCAAAGAUCACGAAGAAACAGUCUGACAUGAUGAUUAUGAUUGAGGAGACAGGCACAAUGACUGUGCAAGUGGAGGCUACUCCGGCACCGGAAGUAACUUGGUACAAGGACGGUCAGUUGAUUGAAGAGAGCAAUCGUAUUAAGAUCAUUAAGGAGAACAGCGACACAUACAAGCUUGUAAUAAAAAAUGCCAAAUUGACUGAUGCUGGUUCAUAUUCGAUUGUUGCACGAAAUGAAAUCAAUCAGACAACUGAGAUCUGGAAGGUCGGUAUCAGAUGCCCGCCAAAAAUUAAGAAAGGACUGGGCGAGCCACGAGUAAUUAACGAAGGCGACACAUUGAAUCUCUUGAUUGAGGUAGAGUCUGAUGGAGAACCAACAAUCAACUGGUACAAAGAUGGACAGCUGUUGACCGCGAGCGAUCGCGUGAAGAUGACGAAAAAUGGAAACAAUUAUAUACUUACAGUCAGUAGUGCAAAAGUAGAAGAUGCAGCGAUUUAUAAAGCCGAAGUGGUGAAUAAGCAUGGAACAAUUUCGGACGAGACGAGAAUCAGGGUACGCGGUAUACCGAGGUUCAAGACGAAAUUGUGCGACAUCAGUGCAAACGAAGGAGAGUUAAACAUCGAAUUUGUGGUUGAAGUUGAAGGCUUUCCGAAGCCAAGUGUGCAUUGGUUUCUGGGCGAUGUUGAAAUCACAGAGAAGCGCACAGAGUAUACUCGUGUAGAAGAAGGUGACAAUUACAAGCUCAUUAUUAAAGAAGUGAAAACCGAGUUGAAGGGUCAUUAUACUUGUAAGGUGCAGAAUGAAUAUGGCGAAAACUCGAGUAGUUCCAACUUGACAGUAAAUACUCGGCCAAAGCUUUUGAAGAAAUUAGCAGAUCAAAGGUUAAAAGAAGGUGAAACGCUGAAGUUGACAUUUGAAGUGUCCGGCACGCCGGAUCCGGAAGUCAAAUGGUACAAGGAUGGCGAGGAAGUGACGGCAGAUGCCAGAAUUAAAAUCACUAGAGACAGUCAACGAAGUGAGAGCUAUGAUUUAACGGUGACGUUGCUAAAGGGUAGCGAUGGCGGCUUGUACGAGGUUCGGGCAGAAAACGAGUUGGGUUACGUUACCAGCAAGAGUAAAGUCAUCGUGUUGACUGAAACGGAAGAUAAGAAGAUAAAAUCGCCGAAAGAAAAAGCCGAGGAGGUGAAGAUGGAAGAAACCCAGACGAAAAAAUUGAUAAAAUUGCCACAGGAAGAGACUUUGUACGCCGAAAAGUCGGAAUCAGAAGGUCGUGUCAAACCGGGAAAACAAAACAUCCAAGUAAUUCAAGGGGACAAUGAAACAAUCACGAUCUCUGUGGCCUCCACGACAUCACAUGAAGCUAUACUUACAGGUCCUGGUGAAAGUCACACAAUCAGCAAGAUGACGGCAACCAAAGUCGAAUGUCGGGAAUUCGGUGUUAAUUCAGGACCUCGCGUUGAAGAAAUCGCUUCUUAUGCUUACAUACAAGAAGAGAAUUCUAAACCACAAAACGGUGUACUGAUCGAAGAAUUCUCCGAAACUGAAGAGAAGAAACCAAAUUUAGGUGUUACUCAAGGCGUUACAAUUGUCUCUGUUUCCGACGACGAAUCGACUUUGAAAGCACUAUCACGAGACGUCAGCACGGAGGACGUCCAAUCAACUGAUCAACUCCCGGAGGAUCAGAAAACAAUGGAUGGUAUUCUUGAUGAGCUUUCCUUUAGUGGAAGGCUAGAAGGACAGAAAACUUUGGAGGAUAUUAAAUCACAUAGAAUCUCCAGGAUCACCGAAACCAUCGCUGAGGAGCGAUCCUUGGAAGAACCGUUAUCGGCGACAUUAUCGAAUCAAAUUUUGAAGCGAGAAAGUCUUGAUAUGAAGACAGUAAACUUGCUCAGUCAAAAUUCUAUAAUUAGUGAUAUAAGUCCGGUGAAAAAGGUCACGGAGAAAACUUUAGAUCAACCAAACUCAGCUGUCGAAUUAUCGAAAGAAACUGUAAAGCUCGAGAAAACAGAAGCUUCGUUGAUGUCAAGUGAAACGCUAUUGAGACAGAAAGCACAGCUUGAUGAUGAUGAUGAUGGCGAGGAAAUCGAUAAGGAGAUGAAGGACCUUUUGGCUCGAGUUAAACGGCAACGUAGCGUAUUAGAUGAAAUUCUCGAUAAAGAAUCAGGCAAAGAGUCAGCUCCGCCUCACGUCGUGAGCACAAAUCUCACCGAUAAAAUGAUCUUCGAGACACAGAACACGAAAUUCGAAGUGAAGGCCACUGGUUUACCAAGACCAGACGUAAAAUGGCUUAAAGAUGGUAAGGCUCUUCGAUCCGGGGAACGGGUGAGAAUCACGACUUCCGGGGAAUCAUACGAGAUGGAUCUCAGUAAGGCCACUCUCGAAGACGAAGGUCUUUACUCGUGCGUUUUGACCAAUAAAUUGGGCGAAGAAGUCGUAGAUGGUUAUUUGACUAUCGGAACUGUCGACGAGCUCCGGAAACCGAGAUUUACCGAACCUCUCAGCGAUGUCGAUGUUGCCUUUGAGACUAACGGCGAAUUUAAAGCUGUCUUUACAGCCGAUCCGAUCCCGGAUGUUACAUGGUACUACAAAGGCAACGAAAUUCCGCCUGAUGAUUCUAGAAUUAAGGGGACUAUUACUAACGGACCGGCAGCGGAUAAAUUGACAGAAAGUAAAGUCACAUUGAAAAUACCAAAAUGUACUAAAGAAGAUACUGGAGAAUAUACUUUGAAAUUAAAGAAUAAAUGGGGGGAAGCUGAAAGUAGCGCAUUCUUGAGUCUUUUAUUGAAACCGGAAAUUGACAGCUUUAGAGAUCAUACUGAAUCAGUUGACGAGCGAGUUGAAUGGCAAGCUGUUAUCAAAGGAAAUCCGAAACCCGAUAUUAAAUGGAUGAAAAACGAUAUAGAGCUGCAGAAAGACGAACGGUAUGACAUGGAAGAAGAUAAGAGAAAUUGCAAAUAUAAACUCAUCAUUAAGAAGCUCAGUCUAGAAGAUAAAGGCAUCUAUACUGUUGUGGCAAAGAAUUAUUUAGGUGAAGCAAGUGCUCAAGCUACUCUCACACCUCACACUGAAGCUCCAGUCUUCUUGAAGAAUUUGUCGAAAAUGCAAUGUAGCGAUCGUGAGGACGUUGAAUUGAAGAUACGCGCAACUGGCAUUCCGAGGCCUAGUGUAGAAUGGUUGAAGAACGGUGAGAUUAUCAAGGAAGAAAGAUAUCAGGUGACGACUCACGUGGACGGCAUAGUGGACAGUAAUCUUUCCAUCAAAACCUUCUGUGCAAAAGAUAUCGGUACAAUAACAUGUAAAGCGAGUAAUGUCGCUGGAAGCGUGCAAACCAACUGCGACUUAUCCAUGACAUUGACCGUUCCUUCGUUUGGUAAGGCAUUACCAAGAUCGGCGGAAGUUGACGAGGGCGAGCCUCUAGAGCUGAAGGCCAAGGUAGAUGGUAGUCCGAUACCCAACAUCGCUUGGUUCAAGGACGGCGAAAAAAUCACGCCAGAUGAUCAUGUGAAGAUCAGUAUGUUGCCGGACGGUACUACAAAGCUUACGAUUGAUGUGGUAAAGCCUACCGAUUGUGGUGCCUACAAGCUUGUGGUUACAAAUUCCAGCGGUGAGAAUUCUUCGCUUUGCGCCGUCGCUGUCACGCCUGAACGAAGGAGACCAUUGUUCACGAAGCCAUUGGAAGAUGUAAAAGCGGUAGUUGGGCAACCAUUGAAAUUGGAAGCUCAAAUCCUAGCAUUUCCAAAUCCGCAGGUGCAAUGGUUCAAAGAUGGAAUACCAUUAAGACAUACAAAGGAAAUGUAUUUUACGAACGAGCCAAACGGUCUUAUUGGAUUGAAAAUGGAUUAUGUACGUCCAGAAGACGCAGGAACUUACUCGGUGACUGUAUCCAAUGCACUCGGUGAAAUCACGGGUACGGCUAAGGUAGAAGUGGAGGAACGAGAGAAGAGACCAGAAUUUGUCGCGAGUCUUCAACCACAAACCGUUGUCGAAGGUUUCCCAGUAAAGAUGGAAGUGAAGACUAUAGGAAAACCAACGCCCGAACUCAAAUGGCUACGAAAUGAUGAAGAAAUUAUUCCAGACAAUAAACACGUAAAGAUUGUCAAUCAACCAGAUGGUAGUCAAGCUCUGAUACUCGAUAAAGCAAUGCCAGAAGACAUCGGCGUGUAUCAGGUAGUAGCUGGCAACACGGAAGGCACUGCGUCCUGCAAAGCUAAGCUGGACGUUGCUGGCAAGGUGAGACCAGACACACCGGAAGAAAAGCCGGCAUUUAUCAGUCCCAUGCGCGAUGUAUCCGUCGAGGAGGGUCAGCCAUUAACGCUAGAUGUAUCAUUUGUCGGCAAUCCAAUCCCCAAUGUGAAUUGGACGAAAGAUGGUGAAUCGAUUGAGCCAUCAGAACGUGUAACGACUAGCUGCGAUGGGAAGAAGGUCGGUCUACAAAUUGAUCCGUGCAAGCCCAAAGACGCAGGCAUCUAUGGCUGUCAACUAAGCAAUCCAUUGGGUGAAGAUACCAUCAGCGCAAAUGCCAUCGUUCGCAAAGUGUAUCAAUCGCCAACCUUCACACAAAAGUUUACGGACUUACAGCAGCUGCCCACGUUUGACGCCAAGUUCCCGGCCCGCGUAACUGGCAUACCACAACCGGAAGUGACCUGGUAUUUUAAUGACGAACCAAUUUUAAAAGACAACGACAAAUACAAAAUGAAACGCGAUGGUGAUGCCUGCUGUCUGUAUGUGAAGGAUUGUGCAUACGAUGAUUCAGGACGAUACAGAUGUAAAGCAGUUAACAAGGGUGGUGAGGCGGAAUGCGCAGCAAAUCUAGCUAUAGUCGAUAAAAUCCAAAAAAUGCAGAAAGUUGAGCCACCGACAUUCCUGAAGAGAAUCGGCGAUUGUGAAAUCUACAGAGGUAUGCCGGCCAAAUUCACCGCGUGCGUCACGGGAUAUCCGGAACCUGACUUCGAGUGGUAUCGCAAUGGUGACCGGAUUUGGCCUACUGAUCGCAUUAGAAUGGACCAGGAGGGUAGUUUGUUGCGGCUCAUGAUAGUUAACGUGGACGAGCUGGAUGCCGGAAAAUACGUGCUGAAGAUAUCAAAUCCUCAUGGUGAAGAUUCGUGUAGCGCCGAGAUGAUUUACGAGUCUUUGGAACCACGAGCAAAGAAACCUCUUGCCGAUCAGUAUGCGGAUUACGAUAAAUACCAGAAGUCCGGCAUUCCGUUGCCCCUGGCAGACCGUCCAAUCAUUAGCCGCAUGAUGGAUCGACAUCUCACUCUUUCAUGGAAGCCAUCCAUCCCGAUCGGGCCGCGAGUACCUGUCACUUAUUUGGUGGAAAUGUGUGAACUCCCAGAUGGCGAUUGGUUUACCGCUCGCAGUGGUAUUCGCAGCUGCGUUUGCGAUAUUCGCAAUCUCGAACCGUUCCGCGAUUACAAGUUCCGCAUUCGCGUGGAGAACAAAUACGGCAUAAGCGAUCCAUCGCCGUUUGCGCAAACAUAUCGCGCUAAACUGGAACCAGAACCGCCCAAGUUCUUCCCAUAUUUACCUCCUGGUAUCGACUUCCGUCCGGAGACUAGUCCUUACUUCCCGAAAGAUUUUGACAUCGAGCGACCUCCACAUGAUGGUUAUGCACAAGCACCGAGAUUUUUGCGUCAGGAAUACGACACUCAGUAUGGUGUAAAAAAUCACAACUGCAAUCUCUUUUGGUUUGUCUAUGGCUAUCCCAAGCCAAAAAUGACCUAUUACUUUAACGAUCAACUGAUUGAAUCGGGCGGUCGAUACGAUCAGAGUUACACUAGAAAUGGCCAGGCGACGCUAUUCAUUAAUAGAAUGCUUGAGAGAGACGAGGGCAUUUAUGAGGCCGUCGCUACAAAUGAACAUGGUGAGGCCAGGCAAAAAGUUAUUUUAAAAAUCGCUGAGUAUCCCACAUUUAUCGAAAGACCCGAAGAGACUAUUGUGAUGAUGAGAAGAACCGGCCAAUUGACUGCUCGCAUAACUGGCGUGCCUUAUCCAGAGCUUAAGUGGUACAAGGACUGGAAACCUAUAGCUUCAUCUUCCAGAAUCAGAGUUCAGUAUACCGAACCCGACAUUACAACUCUCAUUGUCAAUGAUGCCAUUGUGAAGGAUGAAGGCCUUUACUCGAUCAGUGCGGGUAAUGUGGCCGGCUCGAUAUCCUGCUCGGUGAUGUUGCACGUGGAGGAGAGCGAGCAUGAAUAUGGAUAUAGAACAUAUAGGAAGAAGAUGGAUGUGAAAUUACGCGAUAGGCCAUUUGACGAUUUGUAUGAUCUGGGUGACGAGCUGGGUCGCGGUACUCAGGGUGUGACUUAUCAUGCAGUUGAACGGAGUACUGGAAGAAAUUAUGCUUCUAAGAUUAUGCACGGACGGGGUGAUCUCAAACCAUUCAUGUAUAAUGAAAUGGAAGCAAUGAACAACCUUCAUCAUCAUAAAUUAUUACGAUUGCACGAUGCCUUUGAAACGGACAAUUCGGUUACGUUGGUCAUGGAGUUAGCGGCCGGUGGCGAAUUAGUGGACAAUCUAACAAGACAAGAACAUUAUACUGAAAUAGAUAUCGCUCGUUACAUACGUCAAUUAUUAUGGGGAUUGGAAUAUAUGCACGGAAAUCAUUACGCACAUCUUGGUCUGACGCUCGGUGAUCUACUAGUUUCCCACGCUGGAGGAGAUGAUUUGAAAAUCGGAGAUUUCGGACUAGCUCGCAGAAUUUCGCAAUCAAAACUAAUGACCUUGGCGUACGGUAUGCCAGAAUACAUUGCACCGGAAGUAACUAAUAAUGAAGGCGUUAGUUAUGGCGCAGACAUGUGGUCUGUUGGCAUAAUUACUUACAUUUUACUAUCGGGUAUUUCGCCGUUUAGAGGUGCAAACGAUAGAGAGACGCUAAAGAAGAUUAGAGAAGGCAAAUGGGAUUUCGAUGAUCGAUGGAAAAAUAUCUCGAAUGAAGCACAAGAUUUUAUUCGUAGCUUAUUGGUAUACAAUAUUGAUAAAAGAAUGGAUGUUAGUGCUGCUUUGGCUCAUCCAUGGUUUAAUUACAUUGAUAGUUCGCCACUAGAACCCUACAGGAUACCUUCCGAAAAUUUGAAAAAUUAUUAUAAACUUUAUCGCGAUUGGUACAGCAACGCUUCAUGCCGCACGUGGUAUCGUAGAAGAAAAUUGGAGACAGCAUUUGACGAUCCUUCGCGAAUGGUAUAUCCACCCGGACAUAAGUUCACACCCGAACCUGACAAGAGUCACAGCCCGAAGAAACGUUCGCCUAGGACAUGGGAAAAUCAAAUACCAUCCAGAGAACCAAUUGACACAGAAAUCGGAAUAAUUCAGAGUGAAAGCCACUAUCAGAACGGCCCGGAUACAUAUCUUCUUCAGUUGAGAGAUACCGAUUUUCCAGUACGACUACGUGAAUAUAUGAAAGUUGCGUGCAAUCGUAGCCCUGGUUUCUCGCGUUCUAUUACUGAAGACAACGGCUUUGAUUGGAGGGCACCCAUUAUACGAGAACGUCGACGAUUCACGGAUGUUAUGGAUGAGGAAAUCGACGAUGAAAGAAGAGCACGCAUCAAUCGAUACGGAUCGGCGGACACAUUUACGCUUAGACGUUUAAAAAAUGAACUAGGUACUCGGUUAGACAGUUAUGCUGAAGCUGAGGCGAUGAUCGAAUCGAAGAAGGAUGGUCAACCUCCGUUCUUCCGCGAGAAGCCGCAGAUUUGCCCGAUCGAAGAGAGAAAGCCGGCGCAUCUCACUUGUUUAGCUGUAGGGAAUCCGAAACCAUUGGUACAAUGGUUUAAAAACGAUAUGGUCAUACAAGAGAACAAUAGGAUCAAAGUGAUAGAGGACUCUGACGGGAGAUCUAUACUUAGUUUUAAUCCUACAAAAGAGCAUGAUAUCGGAAUAUAUAAAGUCGUGGCAAGGAACCCGGUAGGACAAACGAUCGUCAGAACCAGGGUAUUACAGGCAACAGUUUCUUGCGGUCCGGAUUCUCCAGAGGCUACCGAUGUUUCGGAUACCGAAGUGCUUCUACGAUGGAAGCAACCAAAGUACGAUGGUAAUUCGCCUGUGCUAUGCUAUAAUUUACAGUAUAAGGAAGGUGAUUCAAUCGCAUGGAUAGAUGUUGCCUUCAACAUCGACCACGAAUUCUAUCUGGUGCGCGACUUAAAGCAAGACACAAGUUACAACUUCCGUCUGGCAGCGCGUAACCGUAUUGGUUGGAGCGAAAAGGGCAUUCAGUCGAAGUUAAUCAAGACGCGACCGCCAGGCUGCCCGAAGGUACAGAUCACACGGGCGAUGAGACACCUUCAAGAGCUAACUGAAGCCGGCCAAGAGAUUGUCCUGGAAGAGGAUAAACCACACAUCGAUUACUCCAUAGAGAAGAAUCCGAUUGAAUGGUUGGUGGAACCGCAACUGUCCACCAAGUAUAGUUUUAUCUCGGAGCUAUCGCGCGGACAAUUCUCUGCGGUUGUGAAGGGAGUGGAUAAGAGUACGGAUCGCGUGAUUGUUGCCAAGAUCUUGGAAUUAAAUGCCGAGACGGAAAAACAAGUGAACCAAGAAUACGAAGUAUUAUGUUCAUUGCGACACGAACGGAUAGCCAUGCUGGAGGCUGCGUACAAAGCAUCCAACUCCCCUGUAGCAGUGUUUAUCAUGGAGAAACUUCAGGGUGCUGAUAUACUCACGUACUUCUCUAGUCGGCACGAGUAUACAGAAAACUGUGUAGCGAAUGCUAUUACGCAGAUUCUCGAUGGUCUGCAGUAUCUUCAUUGGCGUGGGUACUGUCAUCUAGAUAUUCAGCCGGACAAUGUUGUUAUGUCAUCUGUGAGAUCAGUUCAGGUGAAGUUGGUCGAUAUGGGAUCAGCUCAUAGAGUCAGCAAAUUGGGCACAAUAGUGCCCAAGCAUCUGGGUCAUCCUGAAUACAAAUCGCCCGAACUCUACAACGAUGAACUUGUCUACCCGCAAACGGACAUUUGGAUGGUCGGUGUGUUGAUCUAUGUAUUACUAUCUGGAGUUUCUCCAUUCCGUGGUAAGGAUGCGGAUGAGACCAGACAGAAUAUAUCCUUUGUCAGAUAUAGAUUUGAAUAUCUUUACAAAGAGUUGAGCCAAGAAGCCACCAGAUUUCUCAUGUUAAUCUUUAAACGCGCACCAAGCAAAAGACCAUUAGCAGAGGAAUGCCACGAACAUCGAUGGCUACUGCCGACUGAGUUUAUGAUUAAAAAACGCGAGAGGGCUGUGUUCCUAGGUAACAGAUUGAAGGAAUAUAAUGAAGAAUAUCACGAAGAAAAGUCGAAAAUAGCUUCUGACAGUAAUAGCCUAGGGAGCGAGAGUUUGCUGGGUUCCAAACAAAAACUCAUCAGAUCAACUAGUAUACAAGAAGAACUACGGACCACGUUCUAACGAUGGAAAGCUGCAAUUUUUUAUUUAUAUUUAUACACACACACACACACACAUAUACAUGCGCAGAUGUGUGGCUGUACCACUUUGCGUACAUGCCUAGUCUACAUCCGAACAACGCGGAGGAACGAUGAGAAA